UUCAUUUCGUCUUUCUGCUCUUUUUACUCCAAAAACACGGAAAUUCGUCUCCUCUCUUCAUGGAGGAGGCAGGGGAAACGAUGCGGCUUUUGUGUGAAUUAGAGAGAGCAGAAACGGAAGAGAAUAUAAAAUCAAGUUUUCAUUUUGGUUUCCAGAUUUGUUUUUGUUUUCAUUUUCGUUUUGUUGUUUGAGCUUCACUGUCGAUGGAAACAAUGGCGGGAAGAAGGAGAGAUGUGCAGCAUCUGGUUCUAAAACUUGGAAUUGCUUUGGCUCUAUCGGUGGCUGGUUAUUUUGCCGCCCAAUUCCGCUUCCGGCACCGGCCUCCCUCUUCUUCGUCUUCCUCAGCUUUGGAGCCAGAAUCUAGCAGCAAAUCAACCAACGAUGUCGAGCUCAAGGACGACCUCCGUAUUCAAAGAUGGGUAUGGGUUUCAGGAAGGGGACUUAUCUAAGUUCAUCGAUGACAGCUCAACGAUCACCACCAUCGCAAAGACAGCGGUGGGCGACCCACCCGGCAGCCGGAGCACUGAUGACGAAGAAGGCUUUCUGCAUCCCGAAAUCAACAAGCCUGGUUUCAAAGACAUGGAGCUAUCACUCAAAGACCCGGAAAUCACAACUUCAACUUCCACAACGAGAAGAUCCAGCACUAGAGAAGAUGAUUCAUCAAUGGAGCAAGAAAUAUCCCAUCUCAAGAACUUGGUUUUCUUUCUCCGAGAGAGGGAGAGGAAGCUCGAGCUCCAGCUCCAGCUCCAGCUCAUCGAGUAUUGCGGAAUGCAGGAGCGAGAAGCUGCCCUGAGGGAGCUAGAGAGCCAGCUGAAGAUUAAUAACAUGGAGGCGAAGCUGUUCGGGCUAAAGGUUGAAUCGUUGCAGUCGGAGAACCAAAGGCUACAAGCCCUAGUUUUGGUUCAUUCGAAAGUGGGGAGUGAGCUUGAGGCGGCUAAGGGGAGGAAUACGGUUCUAAAGAGGAGGAACAAGUUUAAUGGGGAGCAGGAAAGGGAGAAGAUUUCUUCGCUUCAGCAGACGAUUUGCGUGUCUCAGGCCAAGGGCCAGAAGCAUGGGAGGGAUGAUUUGGAGAUAGAGAGGAAGUUGAAGAGAUUGAAGGAGUUGGAAGAGGAAAAUGAGAGUUUGUGGAGGAUGAAUUUUGGCCUUGUUCAAGAAAAUUUUGAGUUGAAUGGGAACUUGGAUUCAGCACAGAAGAACUUCAACUCAGUCAUUGAAUGUCGCAAGGCUGAAGAAUUAGAGGAAGUCCAGAACCUGAAGCAAUCCAAUUACCAGCUUUUAAAGGAGAUUGAGAAGCUCCAGCAAAGUCAGUGCGCAGAUUUAGAAGAGUUGGUUUAUCUCAGAUGGGUCAAUGCCUGCCUAAGAUAUGAGCUGAGAAAUUACCAGCCUGCACAUGGAAAAGUUGUUGCAAGAGAUGUAAGCAAGUGUUUGUACCCCAUAUCUGACGAGAAUGGCAAGCAUCUCUUUCGAGAGUCAGACGAUGUUUUCGUAGAAAUUUCGUCGAACCAGAAGCACAGCUCAAAAAGAUUCAAGUUCAUCAGCAAGCUUAAGAGGCUGGUAUUUGGAAAGGAGCAUCACUGUAAUAGAGUCACCUCAGUUGAAAAAACUCCAUGCAAGCUAUAUUAAAAGAAUUGGCUGGAGAGCGGACCUCCCAGCCAAUCCCAUUUGCAUUAUUUGAAUCCCACAAGGUUGAGAUUCGAACCCGGUUGAGAUUCGAACCCGGGUCAAGAGGGGACUUACGUCACUGCUGCCAACCAACUUUACCAACCCGGUGCACGCAUGGAUGAAAUAUAUAAAUACAUUAAAAUUGUGUGCUAGGUAUGUAAAUUUUACUUUCAUUUUUUAUGACCUUUUUCUCAUCAUUAAAAGCUGAGAAAAUAGUUUGUUGAACUACAUUACAUAUUGUUGGAUUCUUUUAUUGCAUUUUGCUUUUGC